ACUACCCAGCAGUAAGCUGCCAAGUUUCGCGCAGGGUUGACGUCCCCUACGUCCGCCAUAUUCACCCCGUUUUCCCGUUUCCGUAAAAUUUUCGCGCGCAACACGUUCGGAUAGUAGCAGCGGUCCUUAUGAAGGAAGUAACUACGAAACUCUGUUUUCAUCAUACUACAAAUUUGUUUUUUGGGGACAAUAAUUUCUACAGUAUACUAGAACUGUUGAGUCGAGAAUGAGACGCGAUGAAUCUAUAAAGAGCAUAACAAGGUUUUCGUCGACCCGCCGCAGCGAGCAACGGCCGGCGUUGACGCUCGGCCUCCGACAGAAUUCGCUGACUAUCAGCACACUCGCGCAGCAAGCGGCUUAUUUAGCUGAAAAGGCUCGGCAAACAGAAGCCGGGGAUCCCAAUCAACAAGCACCGCCUACUUCUUGGUUUAGACUUUUUCGAUUCGCGAAACCAUGGGAGCUCUUAAUACUCCUGUUCGGCUUGAUCUUUGCGUCUCUCAAUGGCCUGAUGGUGCCGGUCGGCGUGAUCGUAUACGGCGAGUUCACAUCGCUACUGAUAGACCGGACUGUGAUGACUGGGACUUCUACCCCCGUGCUGCUUAUAUCGUGGUUCGGAGGUGGAAAGCAGUUAACGAACGCAAGCGCCGAAGAGAACAGAUUAGCGUUGAUUGAGGAUUCCGCAGCUUUCGGCCUCGGGUGCUUCGCCUUCUCUGUCAUCCAGUUCAUAGUCGGGGCUAUCAGCGUCGAUCUGUUUAAUUAUGUCGCUUUAAAACAGAUCAAUAGGCUAAAAGAGAAGUUCUUGCAAGCUGUAAUAAGACAAGACAUCACAUGGUACGACCUGAACACUUCCAUGAAUUUUGCAACAAAAGUAUCAGAUGACGUAGAAAAAUACCGCGAGGGUAUAAGCGAGAAAGUGCCAAUGCUGGUGUAUCUCGUGAUGUCAUUCGUGACGGCCGUCAUAAUAUCGUUCGCGUAUGGCUGGGAACUGACGCUCGUCAUUCUGUCAUGCGCGCCCGUCAUUAUAGCCACUACUGCUGUUGUUGCUAAGAUUCAAUCGUCACUAACAACCCAAGAGCUAAAAGCGUACAGCGUAGCCGGAGUCAUCGCAGAAGAAGUAUUAUCAUCCAUAAGAACUGUGGUCGCGUUUGGCGGUGAAGAGAAGGAAAUUGAAAGAUAUUCGAAACGGCUGCACCCAACCCAAUCCAUGGGUGUUCGAAAAGGUGUCUUCUCCGGGAUAGGAAGUGGAGUGAUGUGGUUUAUCAUCUACGCGACAUACGCACUCUCCUUUUGGUACGGGGUCGGGUUAAUCUUGGAGAGUCGGCAAGAGGAACAGCCUGUAUAUACACCAGCUGUUCUGAUGAUCAUAUUCUUCAGCGUCCUACAAGGUGCUCAAAACGUUGGGUUAACAGCUCCCCACUUAGAAGCAAUGGCCUGUGCAAGAGCCUCUGCUGCUUCCAUCUUUGCUGUACUAGAUAGAAAGCCUCGAAUCGAUAGCCUUUCCACUGAAGGCACUAGACCUGAACUUAAUGGGGAUUUAGAGUUAAAGGACGUGUACUUCAAGUAUCCGGCGAGACCGGAUGUUCAGGUGCUAAACGGCCUAUCCCUCAAAAUAAACCGGAACGAAACAGUGGCCCUAGUGGGAUCUAGCGGCAGCGGCAAGUCCACAGUACUGCAGCUGCUCCAGCGCAUGUACGACCCGGACGCGGGGGCAGUGACCGCGUCGGGGCACGACCUGCGCAACGUGAACGUGAGGCACUACCGGGGGCACAUCGCCGUCGUGGGGCAGGAGCCGGUGCUGUUCGCGGGCAGCAUUAAGGAGAAUAUACGAAUGAGUAACCCGUCUUGUACUGAUGAAGAAAUAAUAGUAGCAGCUAAGCAAGCAUACUGUCAUAGCUUUAUCAAGAAUUUACCUAAUGGCUACGAAACAAUGAUAGGCGAGCGCGGUGCCCAACUCUCUGGCGGGCAGAAACAACGCAUCGCUAUCGCACGUGCUCUAGUUCGUCGUCCCAAGAUACUUAUACUCGAUGAAGCGACUUCUGCGCUUGAUUCGCACAGUGAGGCUAAAGUACAAAGGGCUUUGGAUGCUGCUUCACAUGGUCGGACUACGAUUAUGGUCAGCCAUAGGUUAGCAACAGUACUUAACGCAAAUCGUAUAGUAUUUAUCGAGAAGGGAGAAGUAGUAGAAGAAGGGACUCACGAAGAACUACUAGACCUAAGAGGGCGCUACUACCAGCUUGUAUUGCAAAACGAACCAAGCAUUGCACCCAAUCCCAACGCGCCUGAAGAACAAAAGAAACCUAACUUUGAUCCAACCGCAGAUACGAAGUUUCGUAGAGCGAAACUUCAGAAGCUGGAGUCUGUUGAUUCCAUCAAGAGUUCGUCAGCUGAUGACGAUUCUGGUUCGGAAGACAGUGUUGUUGUUGAUGAAGCACCGCAAAAGGACUUCGAACCAACAACUUGGCAGAUAUUGAAGUUAUGUGAGCCUGAGAAGUGGUUGAUGCUUAUUGGUGUGUUGGCGGCCGUUGCUGUGGGCUCGUCGUUUCCGUGCUUCGCUGUGCUGUUCGGUGAAACUUAUGGUCUUCUAGAAAGUAAAGACGAGGACUACGUUCGUUCAGGAACGAACGUGAUAGCGGUGCUUUUCCUCCUCGUCGGUGUGUACACGGGCUUCGGUAUCUUCUUCCAGAUAUUCAUAUUCAAUUUGACAGGCGUUAGACUUACUGCACGACUCAGGGUGGGCGCGUUCCGUGCGAUGCUGAAGCAAGAGAUGGGCUGGUUCGACGACUCGGUCAAUGGUGUCGGUGCGCUCUGUGGGAGAUUGGCUGCUGAUGCUGCUGCUGUGCAGGGGGCGACGGGCACACGCAUCGGCGCGCUAAUGCAAGCCACAGCGACCAUAUUCAUCGGCAUCUCCCUCUCACUGUACUACACGUGGAAGAUGACACUCGUGUCAUUGGUGUCGGUGCCGAUGGUGAUAGCGGCUGUAGUACUUGAGAGUAGAGUGUUAGCUGAGGGGAUAGCUACUGUUCGCGAGGCGAGCAAUCGCGCGAACACGAUAGCGACUGAGGCGAUUACGAAUAUACGGACUGUGUCUGCGUUCUGUGGAGAGGAAGGCGUGCUAGCCCGGUACCAAGCGGCGGGCGCCAGCGCGAGCGCAGCAGCGCGCGGGUCGAUGCGCUGGCGCGGCGCCGUGUUCUCGUUCGGGCAGACCGCGCCCGUCGCCGGCUACGCGCUGUCGCUGUGGUACGGCGGCGUGCAGGUCGCCAACAAGGAGGUGCCCUACAAGGAUGUCAUCAAGGUGUCGGAAGCGCUAGUGUUCGGCGCGUGGAUGAUGGGGCAGGCGCUCGCGUUCGCGCCCAACUUCGGCGCGGCCGUGCUCGCCGCGGGACGAGUCAUGACGCUGCUCGCGCGCAGGCCAAGAGUGGAGACCACGCAUGCGCCUUCUGUGCCCGAGAACUUUGUAGCCGAGGGCAAGAUCCAGUACAAGCACAUAAAGUUCCGCUACCCGACGCGGCGCGAGGUGGAGGUGCUGCGCGGGCUGUCGCUGGUGAUCCCGCGCGGCAAGCGGGUCGCGCUCGUGGGGCCCAGCGGCUGCGGCAAGUCCACGCUGCUGCAGCUGCUGCAGCGGCUCUACGACCCGGACGACGGCGCCGUGUACCUGGACGAGCACAGCAUAGUGGGCGACAUGCGUCUAUCAACACUACGCGCGAACCUCGGCAUUGUCUCCCAGGAGCCCGUGCUGUUCGACCGCACGAUAGCAGAGAACAUCGCGUACGGGGACAAUUCCCGGGACGUGCCUAUAGAGGAGGUGGUCAAGGCGGCCAUGGCGGCUAAUGUGCACACGUUCAUUGCUGCGUUGCCAAGCGGCUACGACACACGUAUCGGCGCCCGCGCAUCCCAGCUGUCGGGCGGGCAGAAGCAGCGCAUCGCCAUCGCGCGUGCGCUCGUGCGCAACCCGCGCGUGCUGCUGCUGGACGAGGCCACAUCUGCGCUCGACACGCACAGCGAGAAGGUGGUACAAGAAGCUUUAGACCGCGCUAGCGAAGGGCGAACCUGUCUCAUAAUAGCCCAUCGUCUAGCGACCAUACAAAACGCAGAUAUGAUCUGUGUCAUCGAUAGAGGCGUGGUCAGUGAGAUGGGAACGCAUCAAGAGCUCAUGGCCCUGAAGAGAAUAUACGCACGAUUAUAUGAAUUACAAUGCGGUUUUGUGGAAGAAAGUGAAGAAAAUCUACGCGAGGAAGCUGAAAACUGAAUUUCCUAUAUUCUCACAAAGAAAAACUUUCACAUAUUAUAUACUCCCCGCAAAUAUCCUCUUAUAUGAACAUUAUCUGCCCAAAAAACCCAUAUCCUUUUCUCUGUAUGCACUGAAAAUUUCCCCAUUGCAAUAUCAACGUUCAAGCUCAAGUUCAAGCAAACAUGCGUCUUACAUAUUUUAGAUUUUUCCAUGACAUUUGCGAUGUUUAAACUUAAGUUAACAAUAUUUGGGUAUUUCGGGUAAUAUCCGAGGUUGUUGCAUCGAGAUGACUUGUUUUUAUUAAGCUUGAAUAAGUUUUUUACACAAUAUGACAAUAAUUGUAGAACACUAAAAAUUAAUAUUUCAGGAUAAUUUCAAACUUGGGAAAAACCCAAACUUGUCAGAAACUAUGGUCAGUUGUGUUAAAGAUUUGGAUUUGACUGCAAUAGAAAUAUAUUUUAAUUAAGUCCUAAUCUGUAAAUUUCCCAAUGCAUACAUUUUAUACUAGGUAAGAAUAUAACUAUAUAACAAACACAGUACCUAUGAUGAAAAAAAAGGAUACCAAGCGGAAAUAAUACUAAAAUUUUUCUUGUCGCGUCUCAACUCGAAAUAAAACUUGCGAAAUUGUAUUUGUUUCAAUAUUGUCUAGUCAAAAUUAUUUUGUAUAACAUUAAAGAUAAUAAAGAACCUAUGAAACAUUAUUAACGUUUUCUAUGCACUUUAAAAUUUCAUAAUGAGACAAUAUUUUAAUGCCUUUUAUUGCAUAAACUUUUAAUUUCAGAGUUUCUUUUAAAAUAAAUACUCAGACUAGAAGAAUGCUUUUGAUCGUUUAGUCCUGAGUUUACUACCUACCUAAAUGUAGGUUAAAAAAUAAGAGGUAAUAAAAGCAUAAAAGGGAAAUACAAAAUCUACAUUAAAAAUUUGCAACAUUAGAAUAAAUUUAAGUAGUAAGUACCUAUAGGUAGUAAAUUUGUACCUACAUUUCAAUACGCCGAAGCCAAAACUGCAAGUUCUUAAGGAUUUCAGAAACCUUAAUGAAUAUCAAGCUUACUAAAUAAUUAAAUAUAGGCUAUAUACUUUUGUAUUUCAAAUAAUAUUUUAUAUAAAAAAUGUAAUAUAAAGUUUGUAGCGAAUGCUUUAAUCAUAUCGUGCCUUUCAUUUAAUCAUGUGUCUUAAUUAAUGCCUAAAUAGAUUAGGAAAAAAUUUGUCCAUUAACUGUUGGUAAAAACAAUAAAAAAACAUUUGCUUUAAAAGUUAUAUGCGUGUAAUUAGCAUUUCUAGUGUUAGGAGAAUGUUUAAAAUCGUGCUCAAUAACAGUAUUUGUAAAGAAUAUUUUUAUAUUAUACGUAAAUAAUCUGUUUUUGAUUAGUUUAAUAGUUAUUUGUAAAUAAAUAUAUUAAAAUCCUAAGUAUCAA